AUGAAUUCAUUGAUUGAAGAAAUCCUUGGCCCCUUGCAAUACAACAUUCAUGGCGAAGAUGCAUGUCAAGACAAGCCAUACAAUGAUGAUUUAUUACAAAGCAUGGCGUUGGAUGUCGACCAUAUGAACCUGAUGCUUAGCAAUCAUGGCAUGUUUGAUGAUAUGAUGUUGGAUGACAAAUUUUAUCCUGAUACAGCAACCACCACCACCACCAUCAAUGACACUACACUUCAACAAGUAUUGAUUGACGGCCUUACAAUGUUGCCACCACCAUCAUCCUCAUCAUCGACCUUUGAAGAAUCAUUGACCUACAUCACGGGUGAUGGCGGGGAAACGGAAACAGAAGCAACAUCCUUGGGGUAUCAUUCAUCCCCUUCAUUAUCAAGUAGCGAUCUUAUGGAACUACCGAGUUCAGUUCUUCCACCCUCAUCUCAAGAAAAUGAUACAUGGGCAUCUUUUUUUCAUCAUGAAGAUGAUGAUGACAAUGAUAACAGCGAUGAGGCUGCUGUAGUUCUACAACAACAAGAACAACACAUGUCAUUGCCGGGUCCGACCGUACCAUCAUUUACGACGACAAGCCAUCCCGAGAUGUUAAUUCGAAACCGAGGAGAGGAAUACACGGUCAUCAUCAUGAGUGGCCGUGUUGCACAAAAGAGUUACGGGACCGAGAAGCGAUAUCUCUCGCCUCCACCCACCAUUUUAGUGUUUGGUGGUCACCAUCAUCAGCAUCCAUAUCCACCACCUCCCUCCACCGCCUCCUGCCGUAUCACCACAGCGGAUGAAGCUGGCCCCGUACGACAUGAAACAUUCUAUCCCGAUCAAGAUCGAUGUCUUAAAUGCGUCUCCAAACAAUUACAUAUUGCCGAACGCCGGAAGCAAAUCAAGGUUUCUGUCGACAUUCCUAACUUUGGUACCUUUGUAAGCAAACCUAUCAAGGUCAUUAGCAAGCCAAGCAAAAAGAAACAAAACAGUGCCAAACAUCCAGAAUUAUAUGUUCAACAUGGCUCAACCAUUGCUUUAUUCAAUCGUAUUCAUUCACAAACGGUAUCAACACGCUAUCUUGGUGUCAACUUGGAAAAAUCUACCAGUGAACUUGCAUUCAAUGCACGACCCAGCACGUGGGAUCCAUUUUUGAUUUGGAUUGUGGAUAACCAUGUCACUGGUGGUGUAUUGCGUUAUAACCAACGUGUGGUCUUGCAAUGUGUACGCACCGGUUUAUUGAGCCCUGUGAUGAUCAUCAAGCGAAAACAACAACAACGUCGGUCAUCAUCAACGUCACCAUUCACGCCUAUUGAAGAUAAUGAACCUGUAUCACAACUUCAUCGCAUCACCCUUGAAUUGGUAGACCGACCCUCCCAUUAUCUCACGUGCAUCAACGAUACCGUCAUGACUGCUGCUACAGCCACAGUGAAUGAUGAUCAAGCCAUUUGGACGAUUGUGGGGACCGAAUUUGCCACCUAUUCCUUUUGGAAACCAUCAUCAUCAUCAUCCUCAGCUGCCGUGGUAGCAUCUCCUUUUCCUGAAAUCACCCAUGUUGAAAAGCAAAACGAUCAAAUCAUCUUUACAGGCACAAAUUUGCAUGACGACUUGACUUUUUGGCUAGGUGACGUGCAAUGUCCUAUUAUUGACACCAAGCCUGGUACACGUACAUGCCGUCUUCCUCCCACAAGCGCCUUAUUGGCCAGUCAAUCACUCGUUGUUGAGAAUGGCGAUACAUACAAGUUACCCAUUUUACUCAUGCGACAAGAUAACGAAGGCAUUGUUUAUGGCACUGGAAGGCAUUAUACCAUUUAA